CAGAUCAUGCUCCAAACAAUACCCAAGAAAAGGUGGUGGAAAGAAGAAGGAUGGCGAUGUCGACGGAUAGAUCUCCCUUGUUACAAUGGUGUUCUUUAUCCAUGGGCUUGCUCUUUGCUUAUUCUGCAACAGUUCAGCUAAAUGAUCCAGAUUGGUACUUUUGGUUCCCACUUUAUGCUCUUGCUUCUGGUGUUAAUCUCCUGCGAGCGAGAUUCACAACCAGGAUCCUCGAUCAAGUGGCUCUGUUGGACCUCUGGGUUGGGGUUGUCCUGCUCCUCAAAGUAGUUGUGGAAGCCCAUUUAUAUGGAUUGGCUGGAUUUUGGUCGUUGGACAUGCGUGAGAGGGCUGUGAGAGAGAAGCUUGGCUGUGGGUUGGUGGCGAUCUCCAUGUUUCUUCAUAUCAAGGCUUCUCAGGCUUCCAAAGAGACCCGGAAAGGAAAGAAAGAACAGGCUGCUGGAUUUGUUGAAUCUGGGAUGGCGAUCCUUGUGGCUGUCAGUUUUGGAGUUUCCGUCUACUUCUAUGUGUUUGUUAGACAACAUACGAAGUUCUGACUCAGAUGAUGAGGAGGUCCAUCAAGCCAAGCUUGCUCAUCCGUUACUGAAAUCUCUCUUGUAUUUCCGCAAAUGUGGAGAACUGGACGAUGGAAGCACCUAGGCAAUCCCCUUUUGAUUCCCUUAAUCAGUAGAUGAGUAAUGUUUGAGUUGGAAGACGAAAGCAUCUAGGCUAGGCUUGUUUGCGUAUGAUGUGAUUGUUGAUGUUGUUUAUCCAAGUUUUUACAAACUUUGUACAAUUA